GGUCCAAGAGGGGGCGGGGCAUUACUUCACCCGACGUAUGUACACACCCAUGUCCACACUCCUGUCUGCUCCUGUCACAACACGACCUCGAAGUCUCUCCUCGAUUGUAUUUUUUCGUGCUGAGAUGUAUUGCUGAGUUAAUUAAUUUUGCAACGCACUAGAUUAGAACUACCUUUGCCAAAAACGCUGAACUCAACCAGUGCGAAGAUGGACCCCAAAGAUAAUCCUUUGAGUGUGUCUUGGCACGACAGCAACUGGAUUCCAAUGCUGAAUCCAGCAAAUAUCAUGGACUACUUUUCGGAGCGCUCAAACCCUUUCUACGACAGAAACUGUAACAACGAAAUCGUCAAAAUGCAGCGUCUCAAUCCUGACCAACUCGUAAAUAUGACUGGAACAGAGUAUAUUUUAUUACACGUCCAGGAGCCUAUUUUGUACGUGAUUCGAAAGCAGCACCGACACUCCCCGGCUCAGGCAACACCGAUGGCCGAUUACUACAUCAUAGCUGGUGUGGUCUAUCAGGCACCUGACCUGGGUUCAGUUUUCAGCUCCAGAGUGCUGUCAGCAGUGCACAAUCUUCAAGGCGCCUUCGACGAAGCCCUGUCUUACUCGCGGUACCACCCGUCAAAAGGCUACUCGUGGGACUUCAAGGACAAAAACCAGAAGGCAGCAAUGACCGUGAGCACAGCCAAGAAGAGCAGCGAGAGGGAGGAGACAAGUUCACUUUUCCAGAGACAGCGAGUAGACAUGCUGUUGAGGGAACUGACCAACAAGUACCCACCAAAAGUCAUUCAGCCUGUGCCCGUUGCGACCGCUGAACAAGCAAAAUCCACGCCAGCAGAUGAAAUUAAAACUGAACCCAGGUCGGAAAAAACAGACACACCAUUGCCGCAAGGAAGAAUGCGACCGCCCCCGGAAAAGAAGCCAAGAUUAAAUUAAUGAAGAGUAACUUACUGAUCUCUGCUGAAUUGUAAGUUUGUGUUUGUUUGUCGAAUGGGAUAACUUUUUAAUAAAUUCUUCAGUAAUUUAAGACAACAAAAAUUAGAAAAUUG